UUCCGUAACACAGAGUGAAUUUUGCGCUUGUGUUUCAGACACGUUAGAUUUGAGUCAAAAGUACCUGGCUGAUAGGCACAUAUAUAUUUUUUUGUUCACGGAUCGAGAUCUGUAAUCCAACACGAUGAGCAGAUUUGGUGGUUACAGAUGGAAGGACAAACCUCCCGAUCCUGAUUCCAAAGUAGCAACCAGACAUAAUGAUCGGAGUGACAUGAUUCUUCAAUAUAAAGCAUCAGUCAUUAAUAAAUGUAAGGUUGCAACAGAGCAUAAUCUUCCAUGUGUGGAUCUGGCCACCCGUUACACUGAACCAGUGAUUAUUCAGAGGAGCAAAGAGCAGACUGAGAAAUACUAUCUUGAACAUGUUAGGUCUGUGGAUGCUACAUCUCAUCUGUUAUCAAAUGAUAAGAAUCACAGCAUCAGAAUAGACCAGCUGUUCAGUCCUGACAGUGAUGAAAACACACCGAAAACUGUGAUUCUCAGUGGAGAUUCUGGAAGAGGGAAAUCCUUCACGCUACAGAAGAUCAUGUUGGACUGGGCUUCUGGAGAACUUUACUCUGAAAACUUUGAUGUAAUGUUUCUUUUUAAUUGUGAAGAGCUGAAGUGUAUGUUUGAGGAAAUGAGCUUAUUUGAGCUUUUGAGCUGGAGUUGCAGUUUAACAUUGGAUCAGAUCUCACAGAUAACAACACCAAAGAAAGUCCUUUUCCUCAUUGAUGGGAUUGAUGAAUAUGUAUCUCAUCCACCCAGUCAUUCGAUGUUAGUACUCACUAAUCCAUCUCAUAGAGCCCGACCCAUGGACAUUCUUAGGAGCGUGUUAAAGGGAAUCUUGCUGCCUGAGUCAUUCAUUCUUGUCACCACAAGAUCUCGAGCUGCUGAUGCAGUGAUGAACCUCCUCAAGGGUCCUCAGCGUUUCACUGAGAUUAUGGGCUUCUCUGAGAGAGGGGUGCAGGAGUACUUCCAGAAGUUCUUUCAGGAUGAACAGCUCUUCAGGAAAAUGUAUGAGAGAGUGAAGAUAAAUGAAAGCCUCCUGACUGCCUGCUCUGUGCCUUUGCUGUGUUGGAUGGUCUGUUUUUGUCUGAAGAAACACAUAACAGAUGAUGAUCGUGUGAUGAGAGAACUAAAGACAAGCACCUCCAUAUAUGUGCACUUUGUGUCCACUCUACUGGAGCAUCAUGACCAGAGUCAGUCUGUCCUCACCAUGCUGAGGAGCCUGGGUCAUCGGGCAGAAGAAGGGGUGAAGAAGCGAGAAGGUCUUUUUGUAGAGAAGAGUGUGACUGCGACUGGCUUAGAUCCUGCUACUAAUGUGUUCUUGUAUAAAGAUAGUUUGAAAAGAAAUAACAGACAGGUGUCAGUGUUCAAGUUCAUGCAUCUCAGCUUCCAGGAGUUUUUCACUGCUCUUUUUUAUGUUUUACUGGAUAAAAAAGAGUCCUGGGGGAAAGUCACAGAUCUGUUGGACUCCCUGAAAAUGAAGGGUAUAAUCAAUAGGCCUUCUCCAGAAAGAAGAACAAAUCCCAUCCCUUCAGUCAUGAUGUUUCUCUGUGGUCUCUUAAAUGAGAAGACGAGCAGCUCACUCUUUGAAAUAAUCAAGUGGACUGUUCCUCAAAUCAUAAAACUAAAGACAAACCUGCAGGAAAGUCUUCUUACAGUGAGGAGACAGCAUGGAUGUGAACUGUUUGCUAUGUGCUGUCUGUAUGAGCUCCAGGAUGAGAAAGUUGUGAGGAGAGCUUUAGGAGACUGGGUAUCCAUCAAUCUGUCUAACAUUUCUCUGAGGAGCACAGAUUGCUGGGUGCUGCUGUACUGUCUUCAGUGCUGUCCAAACAUCAGAUACCUGAACCUCAUGUACUGUGAUUUAACAGCUGAGAAACUCAAGAUUCUUCAGCCAGCGCUCUGUAUCUCUAAGACUAUGAGGCUGUCAGUGGAGCACCUGUCAGAAGUUGAAGAUUUGAUCCAGGUUCUUGGGGAAUCAAAAAUCCUGAGAGAACUGAAAGUUCAGGAGGAUGAGAACAGUGCUGAGAGUCCCAGAUGGUCACUUAACCUAUCAGUCAAUCGUGGAGAUGUCUUGUUGUCUUUGAGCUCCUCUGAGAAGAAUCUGUCAUUUCCAGCAGUCUUGAACAUCAGUCUUACAUGUCCACAAUCAGAGUUAUCCAGCACUGACUGGACACUCUUCUUACAGAGACUCAGCAAGACAGCAAAAGUAGCUGAAGAUUCUUCAGCUCUUGAUGAGCAUGUCAGUUUGUUGCUGUCUUCAUUUCACUCUGUGGGUUUGACGAUGUUGGAUCUAAAGCUGGUCAGUCUGAAUGAAAGCUGGGCUUCUGGGAUCAUUUGGCUC